AGGAGUACGAACGUUUAGUCAACAUUAAAGGACAUGGUGUUAAACAUGUUUGGUACAAGAUUCGAGGUAAGCUAGAACAACAUUUGGAUGAACAAGAAAUGACAUGGUUGCGAGAUUUUGAAAAGUGCAAAGAAGAAGAACAACGUUUGCUCCUUCUAAAAGAAAAAAUCAAUACAGCUCAAACAUAUUUGCAACAAUGUCAAGAUACCUAUGAAGAAACAACUACACAACAUGCAAUACCUUCUUCAACAACAAAUAACGAAACUGUCGCAGUUGCUAAUGGAGAUACUAAUCUUUCACGUAUCAUCUAUUUUAAAGGAAAAGAAGAAUAUACACCAUCUGAUUCACGAUUCAAUACAAGCGAGUGA